CCCAUUCGGUUGUGUACUCACACACGCCGGGCCAUCGUCAUCAUCAGCAGGAGUAGCAGCAGCAGUAGCCGUAGCGGUAGUGUAUCACCCGUUGGACCGUAAGUUUGACGUUGCUCUGUAGUUGAAUUCGCGAAUUACGUUACAUCUUACCGUAACAGUACUGAACGUGUUAAUUGGUGUACGGUUACAAUUUCAUCAUCAUGUGCCGGAUUUUCCGCGAACAGUCGUCGAGUCCAUCUUGACUGUAAUUCUCUGUAACGCGUGUGAAGUGGACGGCCAGCAGGAGAGAGAGAACAGAGACAGACUGCGCUUAGAAACGAAUCACACUCGGAAAAUGUCGGGCGAGAGGAACAUUCCGCACCUACGGGACAUAUUCGGCGUAACUGACGAUAUGCGCCGUAUGGAUGUGAAAGGCGAUGACCGCAACUCUUUGGGUGGCAUCAGUGCGGCUGGCACGGACAGUGCCAUUUCCGUUGGUUCAGCGAGUGAAGAGGAUCUGUUACCAAUGAAAGCAUCAAAAAAAAAACAGCAUAGGCAUAGGCAAAGUGGUCGGCAGUCAAAGAACAAUGGCGUCAUAGAAGACGAUGUCAAACAUUUGGAACGGCAUUUGUCCAUGAAAAAGACUAUAAGGAAAAAAAUUAUGAGGGAUUUACAACAGGCAUUUGUCGAAGAUCCAGACGAAUUUAAAGUGGAAGACAUACCACCGGAACAACUUAAGGCUGAACUCAAUUCGAGGAGCUUAAGUUUCGGUACACAUAGCAAAAAGAAAGGUAAAAUGAAAUCCGAAUCGAAUUUCUUGGACUUUUUAAGAGGUGGCAAUGAUUCCAAUACGACUGGACGCCGUUCGACAACUUAUGCGGAUGAGAGCGACUCGGGACACGGUUCUCCAACAAGAGAGUUGGAUGACGACGAACCGUCAAUAAGGAAACCAAGCUUUUGGAGAAGAUUCACCAUCAAAGGCGCCAAAAAUAAGUGGUAGACGUCAAGUAUUGAAGAUUGUGUUAAUUACAGCUGUGAUUAUUAAUUAAGUUUUGGUCUUCAAAACUAAAAAACGAUUUUAUUCUAUCCUAUGUAUUAUACCUACGUAAUUGGUGUCUUCUUUGAACCGUCAUAAAAUUUGUAUUAGAUUUUACAAAUAUAUUUUAAUAAUCCUAACUUCUAUUUUAUUUGCUAUUUAAAUAAAAACGUCUAAAAAUAUA